UAUAAAUAGCGGCCAUGAGAUUCUUCUCGUGAUUUCUCUGGAUUGAGUGAGAAGCCAAGAGAGGGUUUGUGCAAUGGGUUGGGUGUGGAAGGACGAAGCCGAGGACGAGACAGCGUCAUACGAUGUCGCCGAAUUCAAGAAUUCGAACCCUAGCAGAUCAGAGGCCGACCGGUGCUCCACCAGAAAGAUCGUAAAAUCCUUCUGCAGAACCGAGGAGGUUGAGCCCGGGAAAUUCGUCAGGAAGUGCGAGAAGACCGAGCAGAUUCUCAGAGACUGUGUUGGAAGGCCCUCGGAGGUGGUUCAGUCCAACAAAGAAUACACGGAAGAGGAUGUCUCGCACCAGAUGAAGGAAAGUUCUUUCCCUUUGGAGUCAUCUGAGCUUGGACCGUUCAACUUUCCUGGUCUUCGCAGUGAUAUUGAAUCCAUUGAACGCAACUUCUUUGGUGGCCUCAGUCGUUUCUUUGAAGCAGCAGAGGACAUGAAGAAUGGAUUCUUCAAUGUAUUUGGGCCCCCAAACCUGUAUGAUGGGCAUUCUUCAUCCUCACCAUCCAGAAGACGAGGCGUGCCAGUUGAGGGCCAGCCACCUGAAGAAGCCUCUCCGAAAUCCAUUGAUCCCGAAUCUGGAAACCUUGAUUUUUCUGGGUUGGCUAGAGAUGUUUGAUGCAAGCCUCCUAAGGUGGUGGCAUGCCAGCUAAGGUGGUUAUAAAGAGCAUGCCUUAUCUUCUCCUUGGCUAGAUAUUAAGUGCAGAAGUACCGUAUGGUUUUUCAUAGUUUCAGAACUUUUGAGCAUAUCACCUGCUGGAAAUAGUUUAUGCAUGCCAUGCUAUCCCCAAAAUAAUUAAUCAUCAUUACUGAGUUUUGUAUUGUUGGAUAUUGAAAUAGAUGCUACUUUUAUGUUGAAACGUGAGGUCCACAAGCAUAUCACUCCUUGUAGCAA